UCGCUUCUCAAAAUUCGAUGCCCAAGUUUGCUCAUACGUACCUACAUAUGUGACCCAGCUCGUAUAUAAGUCGUGACUCCCCCUUUCGCAACUGCGACUAGGUUCAGAGUUCAUAUACUACUACGAACUAUUACAUCCACAGACAAAGUCUCCAAAACAAAACUUAGCCUGACACGUACCUGAACUAUAUACAUACCUCUUACACAACCCAACCUAUCAUAUCAUAUCAACCUAAACCGUCAUCAUGGGUGCCGUAGUAUCUUGCGUCGAGUCCAUCUUCCGCACCAUCGGAAACGUCAUCAUGGCCAUCGUCUCGGGCAUCGGCAACAUCCUGCACGCCAUCAUCAGCGGCAUCGUGUCCUUCUUCGGCAUCGUCGUCGGCUUCCUGACCUGCGGGUACUGCGGCGGCCACCACCGCCGCGCCAGGACGGGCGGCAUGUCCACCGGUACGACGACCGGCACCCGCCGCGGCUGGGGACGCCGUCGCCACGCCACCACCGCGAGUCGCAUCUAGAGGAGGCGAUAUCGCUACAUAUAAAGAAAAAGGUUGCGCGUGAGAGAGAGAGAGAGAGAGAGAGAGAGAGACGGGACUUUCCAACUGUCAUAUCAUGUUAUCACGAUCGGAUGAGCAUUACGAUACCCCUUUAUUUUUUCUUGAGUACUUCAUCAUCACCUUGACGUUUUUGUUCUUU